GUCUCUGAAGACGAUCGUAAUGAAGAAGGGGCUGAGACGCGCUCCUACCUCCCCCACCAUCACCAUGUCUUACCAGAAGGAGUUGGAGAAGUACCGGGACAUAGACGAGGAUGAGAUCAUGCGCGGGAUGUCCGAGGAGGAGCUGGCCCUGCUGGACCUCGAGCUGCAGGAGAUGGACCCCGAGAACAUCCUGCUCCCGGCGGGAAUGCGUCAGAAAGACCAAACAAAGAAGACCCCCACCGGCCCGCUGGAUCGAGACGCACUCAUGCAGCACCUGGAGCAGGAGGCCAUCAACGCCAAGGAGAGGGAAGACCUUGUGCCGUUUACAGGAGAAAAGAAAGGAAAGCCGUUCAUCAACAAGAACCCCAAACGUGAGAUCCCCAAAGAGGAGCAGAUCACACUGGAGCCGGAGCUGGAGGAAGCCCUGGCCAACGCAACCGACGCCGAGAUGUGCGAUAUCGCAGUUUGCUCCGGUCCUCAAAGUCCAUUGAGGCGACCAAAGAGGAUCUACUCUUUGAUCGUCUAUGGGAGCAGCCGGCUGCACCAUCAUAACGUUUCUCAGGCAACCCGGCGGCAACAGUAA